GGCAAGCAACGGCCUUGGCAAUACCUACCUCCCCGUCCUCUUGACCGGCGCUCCGAUCCCGGUUGCCGGGCGGCCGGACCUAUAUUUGCAGCACAAUUCCCUACAUUUCCAUGCCCCAAACGAACAUUGACAACUGGUACCGGUAGUCCAAGAUCAAGACAGAAUGCCGCUCACAGUCCUCAACGACGAUGAGAUCCGCGCGCUACUGGAAGCCCUCACGGCGACGGAACUGGAGGGCUUCCGGGGUGCGCUCGCUGCAGCUCUACAUGAGUACUCCACAGGCGGCCAAGGGGGUGGUGCAUCUUCAUCGGUCCAACAACCCGAGCGCAUCUCAGUGCAGAACACGGCAACCGGUGCCACGACGCUAUUCAUGCCGUCCUCGAGCUCGGUCGGCAACGGCAUCAAGGUCAUAACCCUCACCUCGGCAUCCCCCACCACCACCACCACCACAUCCUCCUCUACCACCUCCUGCGGAACAGCAGCAGCAGAGAAAACCAAGAUCCGCCCGACGGGCGCAAUCACCCUCUUCACCCCUCACGGCGCGGCACACGGCCUGCUGCAUGCAGGGGCACUGACAGCGUUCCGCACGGCGCUGGCCUCGCUGUGCGUGGUGCAGCGGCGGGCCCGCGUCGGGACACUGCUCGUGUUUGGGUGCGGCGAGCAGGCCUACUGGCACGUGCGGCUUGCCCUUAAAGCGCGUGGGAGCGAGGUGAAAAUGGUGUGUUUUGUUGUCAACAGGACCAGCACGCGCGCAGUUGGCUUGGUAAGGAGGUUUUGCGUUGAGACGAGUCAGGGGGUGAAGGAUGCUGAGGGGUGGGCGAGGUGUCGGUUUGAAUUGGUUACUACCGCUAGUGCUAUUGAUAAGGAGCGUGAUCGUGAUGGGGAAGGGGAAGAAGAGGAAAGAAGAGAGAGGGAGGUGUUGCAGGCGCGGCUGCGGGAGGCGGAUGUGGUGUUUUGCUGUACGCCCUCGACAGAGGCGCUGUUUGAGGCCGAGUGGUUGGAGUCUAAGGCGGAGGGUAGGUUGGUCGUCGCCAUCGGGAGCUAUACACCCCAGAUGAGGGAGCUGCCGGGGGAGCUGGUCAGGCAGGCGGUUCAGGGUGAGCAGGGAGUGAUCGUUGUCGAUACUAUCGACGGCGCGCUGAAGGAGGCUGGGGAGCUGAUUGAGGCCGGUGUGACUAAGGAGCAGCUUGUUGAACUUGGAGAAGUGGCCAUGCUCGACGAUGCGACAUUGAGCCCGGCUGAGAAUGAGAAGAAGCAUAGAAUGGCACACUUGGUACAACGGCUUCGGACGGGAAACGUUAUUUACAAGAGCGUUGGGUUUGGGCUGAUGGACUUGUCAGUCGGCAUGUACUUGGUCGACUAUGCGAAAGAAAGAGGCAUUGGGACUGUCGUUCAGGGAUUUUGAGAACUCACUUGUCCACUGGCGAUGAAGAG